GCAGAGGGGCGUUUUUAAUGCAUCCAUCAGGAGCCUGGUGCUCAGUGUAUCAGAAUUGCAGUGCACUGGACUGGACAGAACCGGGAAGCAUCCAUACUGUCGGUGAGGGUGGGGUCCGGCUGCACUGAGAGACAAAACACACACAGAGGGGAAAAGGAAUAAGGAGAGAAGAGGAGGGCGAGCACCAGAAGAGGAACACAACAAGGGAUGAAAGGAGACACCCCUGUGAACAGCACCAUGAGUGUCGGUCAGGCCAGGAAGCUGGUGGAACAGCUGAAAAUCGAAGCCAGUUUCUGUCGGAUCAAGGUAUCGAAAGCAGCCGCAGACUUGAUGGCUUACUGCGAUGCUCACGCCUGCGAGGACCCCCUGAUCACCCCUGUGCCCACCUCAGAGAACCCCUUCAGGGAGAAAAAGUUCUUCUGUGCUCUCCUCUGAGCAUGAAAUCAGCAAGAAUCGAAUUAGCCUCAUUUAGAUGAUUGAUUUGUGUAUGCUCAUAUCACACACACACACACACACACACACACACACACACACACA